AUGCCCGAGGCCCACCGCGAAUUCUUCGCCGCCCAGCGCGUCGUGUACGCGGCCACGGUCGACGAGGCCGGCGCGCCGUGGGCCUCCGCGCUCGCGGGCCCCGAGGGUUUCAUCUCGUCCCCGGAUGAUCGGCAUCUGAGGAUCGAACCCAUGCUCCCCCACGCCUCUGACAGGGGGAACUUCUCCCCAGGCUCUCCGAUCGGCCUGCUGGCAAUCGACCUGGCCACCCGGCAGCGCUACAGGGCAAACGGCGUGAUCCUGGAGACCCCCAAAGCCUCAGUACAUUGCCUACUCCUCAGGAUCGACCAGUCUUUCGGCAACUGCCCCAAGUACAUCGCCUCCAGGCGGGUGAUCGUCCGAGACGCCGGCCUUCUGGAACCUUCCGCGCGCGAUCCAGCCAUCCGCGGCGCUUGCCUGGGCCGCCCGCAGAUCGCCGCGAUCCGAGCCGCGGACGUCUUUUACGUGGCGAGCGCCUAUACUGGUCCCGUGGGCCCGGACAGCAGGGAGAACUCCGCGGGGGCGGACAUAGCCCACAGGGGCGGGCCGGUGGGAUUCGUGCGAGUGGUGGACGAGCGCACGCUGAGGUGGCCGGACUACGUGGGCAACGGGUUCUUCAACACGCUGGGCAACAUCGUUUUGGAGCCGCGCUGUGGUCUGCUGUUCCUGGACUACGCGACGGGCGACGCGCUGCAGGUGAGCGGCAGAGCGGCUGUCCUGUUCGAAGAUCGGACGCUGCCCGGAGCACAACGCACCGUGGAGUUCCGCGUGGAGGAGUUCUCGCACGUGCGCGCAGCGCUGCCUCUAGCUGUUAAGGGUCCGGUAGAGGCGUCACCACACAACCCUGUGGCGGUGGGAGAGGGUGAUGAUCGGGUCCAAUUGGUGGAGUGCGUGUGGGUUAAGGACGAGGCAACAGGCGUCAAGACUUUCGAAUUCAGGAUGCCUGUAGGGGACGACGGUGAGCCCCUCGACUACCUCCCUGGCCAGUAUGGAUCCUUCGACCUUAGAGGCCCAGAGGGCCGCAAAAAAGUCACAAACCGCGCUUGGACGAUCUCAUCCCACCCCGCCCACUCUCGCGCCACGGGCAUCUUCACGAUCACUGUCAAAAACAUCGGUGUGGCGUCGCGCUGGCUGCACGAGAUGAUGGCCCCCGGGGAGUCCAUUGCUUUCCGCGGUUUUGGCGGAGAUUUUACACCGAUGAAGGGCGUGAAGGGCGGAUCGGCAAGCCAGAGGAUGGCAGCACUGGUGGCUGGUGGGAUUGGAAUCACGCCCCUGUGGAGCAUGCUGAGGCAUUUCGAGAUGGACGGCGCAGAUGUCUUGGUGCUUUACUCGGCGAGGACUUCGGGGGAGGCGGCGUUUCUGAGAGGGAUUGAGGAGAAGGAAGAGAAGAGCGGGGGGAGGAUAAGGAUGAGGGUGACUGUGACUGGGGAGGACCCAAAGUGGAGGGGGAUGAGGGGGAGGGUGGACGAGGCAUUUUUGAGGCGGCACGCGCCGGACCUGAGGCGGAGGGAGGUGUACCUUUGCGGGCCGCAGGGGUUCAUGGAUAACGUGGGGGCCGCCAUGAGGCGCAUGGGGUGCGAUUCCGGGAGCAUAUUCACGGAGUCGUUCGCGUUCUGA